CGUAAAAAAAGAAAGAAAAAAUUCACAAAGAUGGUGGCCCCAGUAGCCACACGUGUGGGUGAAGAAUCAGAGCAAGCUGAGGUAACUGCAUCGGAGCAGGAAAUUCAGGAGUUGCAGGACUUGCUAAUGGCCAAGCAGCAGCAGCUGAUGGCGCAGGUAAUACAUAUAUUAUU